AACUUUGGGUUUUCACAAAAUUUGUGCUUUCGCCGCUAUUGCGAAACGCGCUUCUUAGAAAACACCAGCUAAAACGGAAUUGCAAAAACCCCUCACCGGCAGGGACUGAGGGAUUCAAAAACCUCAGGAUUAGCAGUCCUCACUCGAUUCUCCCCUGAUUCCGCGAACACUUUGGAAUCAAUUCCCAACGAUGUACCCAUCACUUCCCCCUACCCGCCUCACUCUCCUCACCCUCCUCUCCGCCACGGCCACCUUCUACUUCCUGUACAAAUCGCGCCACCGCCACAGCCGCCUCCUCACGCGCCUCUGCCAAGCCGUCACAGGACCAGGUUUGCGAUGCGGGAACCCUGCUUCUUAUAAAAGAGGGAAACUUUUGUUCCUAUCGCAAACCGACACUUCCAAGAACCUAGCGCAGCGUCUCCAUGCGCUCUUAACCCUCAACGAUCUUCCCUUUGAUCUUGUUGAUCCCAAGGACUAUGAGCCUGAGGAUUUAUGUAAAGAAUCUCUUGUUUUGAUUGUUGCUUCCACUUGGGAAAAUGGUGGGGCCCCUGAAAAUGGAGUCUUUUUGGUAAAUUGGUUAACGGAGAGCGCUGAUGAUUUUAGGGUUGGGGCCCUGGUGCUGAAGGAAUGUAAAUAUGCCGUUUUUGGGGUGGGGAGCAGGAGUUAUGGUGAAACGUAUAAUGCUGUGGCCAGGGGUGUUUCAGUGAAGUUGCGGAAGCUCGGGGCGAGUGAGCUGGUGGAGUUGGGGGAGGGGGAUGUGGAUGAGGCGGAUUUGGAUGAGGUGUUUGAUCUGUGGAGUAAGAAGGUUGUUGGGGUUUUGAAGGAUAAAUUAGGAGAGAAUGGGCAGCAUUUUGAAAAUUAUGGGGUUGAGUGUGAAAGUGAAGGUGAAGGUGAGUUUAGUGAGGAAGACGAUGAUGAGGAUGCAGAGAAUGGUGGUGAUUCAGCCAUCGUUGAUCUCGAGGACAUUGCAGGAAAAGGUCCUUCAAGAAGAUCAGUUGUGGCAACUAAGGCUAAUGGAAAAGUAAAUGGUGAGGUAUUAAAUGGGGAGAAAGAAAUGGUGACGCCAGUGUUAAGGGCAAAUUUAGAGAAGCAGGGGUAUAAAAUCAUUGGUUCUCACAGUGGGGUUAAACUCUGUAGAUGGACCAAGUCCCAGCUUAGAGGGCGUGGAGGUUGUUAUAAGCACUCUUUUUAUGGCAUUGAGAGUCACAGGUGCAUGGAAACCACCCCAAGUUUAGCAUGUGCAAAUAAAUGUGUGUUUUGUUGGAGACAUCACACAAAUCCUGUCGGCAAAAGCUGGAAAUGGAAGAUGGAUGAUCCAUUGGUGAUCGUUGACACUGCCAUUGAACUACAUACAAAGAUGAUACGUCAGAUGAAAGGAGUUCCAGGGGUGAAGGCAGAGCGUUUAUCUGAGGGUCUUUCUCCUAGACAUUGUGCUUUGUCACUUGUUGGUGAACCUAUCAUGUAUCCGGAGAUCAAUGCUCUCGUAGAUGAGCUACACCGAAGGCGGAUCUCAACUUUUCUCGUGACAAAUGCACAGUUCCCUGAAAGAAUUAAGAUGCUUAAACCUAUCACACAGUUGUAUGUGAGCGUAGAUGCUGCUACAAAGGAUAGCUUGAAGGCAAUUGACAGACCACUCUUUGGGGACUUUUGGGAGAGAUUUAUUGAUUCUUUAAAAUCUCUGAGGGAGAAGCAACAGCGAACUGUGUAUCGCUUGACACUGGUUAAAGGAUGGAAUACGGAAGAUGUGGAUGCCUAUUCUAGCUUAUUUGAUGUUGGAAGUCCUGAUUUCAUUGAAAUCAAAGGGGUGACAUAUUGUGGAUCGUCAGCAACUUCAAAGUUAACGAUGGAGAAUGUACCCUGGCAUUCUGAUGUAAAAGAGUUUUCAGAAGCCUUGGCUCAAAAGAGCAAUGGAAUGUAUGAGGUUGCUUGUGAGCACGUGCACUCAUGUUGUGUUCUUCUGGCUAAAGUGGACAAAUUUAAAGUCAAUGGCCAAUGGUAUACGUGGAUAGACUAUGACAAGUUCCACGACCUGGUGUCGGCUGGGGAACCUUUUACCAGUAAGGAUUACAUGGCUCCUACACCAUCUUGGGCAGUCUAUGGAGCAGAAGAAGGCGGCUUCGAUCCACUGCAAUCUCGUUUUAGGAAAGAGCGGCACCACAAAUCGUCACGCUAAGCAGGUCUGCUUUGAAUGUAGCGUAGAUGAGAAUCGUCUUAUUGGCUCAAACAGCCAACAAUUUUGUCUUCAAUUUUGGUUCAGGAUGCGAUGUGGUAAUGUAGGUUCCGUAAAAUUUCUUCUCCUCUCUCUUGGUGCAUUGUAGCUUCCUUGAAUAACUAAGUUAUUCGACAGCCAUUCAUGGUUCACAUUCCUCCCUCAAGAAGGGGAACGACCGAAUUGGUAUAGAAAAGGUAUCUAGAGUAUGCACUCUGCGGCAGUUGUCUGUUUUAAAUACAUUGUUUCAAGUACACUCUUGCUGGUAGAUAUGGUGUACAGCAACAUUCGGGUCCUGGGAUAUGCCUAUUCUGCUCAAUAGUAAGGUUGAGGUUUCAAAACUCACUCGUCAUUGGACAACAGUUUCAGAUUUGAGCCCUCGUAAUGUCUCUAGUUUGUAGUUUAUUGUCUUAUUAUUUUGUUCGUUAGAAUAUGUUUGAGCGAAUCUUAUGAUGUAGUUGAUCGUUUUAUUAAAAUGUCGGAAGCUGGACAGUCAAUAAUAUCAUUCAUCAUCAAA